AGAAAAGGAGGGAAUGAAUGUCGAGCUGGCAACUCCCCAGAUCAGCCAGGAGAGAGGAGCCGAGGUCUCUCUCCCCUCCUGGAGCAAGUUACAGCCCCGGAGAGAGAUGCCAGCGUGCGAUCUUGACUGGAUUGUUUGGGUCUUGUCUGCUGACUGUUAAUGAUUUGCGGCGGAAGCUACCCGCACAGGAGAGGGAUUUUGCAGAGCAGCUGAGCCAGCAAAGCCGAGCUCUAGCACCGCCCCCCACCCCCCUUCGUCCCAGGCUGCCCGCGCUUCCCACCCCGCUCUCUAGACAGCGGCUGCUCGGCGGCGUCUGGCUCCAAAUGGACGCGGAGGAUGCCCCCGGCCCGCGGGCAGCGUCGGAAACAGCAGCCGCUGCCGCGGCUGCAGCAGCGCCUCGGAGGUCGCCCCUCAGCCUCUGGCUUGGGAUCAAAGACAAACUCUGCACUUGUCAUAUUUUGAAAACACUUGCGCUGGGUCAGAUGCUUUCCUUGUUUAUCUGUGGGACUGCUGUUGCAAGCCAGUAUUUAGCGGAACAGUACAAAGUGAACACUCCAAUGCUACAAAGUUUUAUCAACUAUUGUUUGCUUCUUCUAGUUUAUACGACUAUGUUGGCAUUUAGGAGAGGCAGUGACAGCCUUUUGCAAAUUCUGAAAAGGAAAUGGUGGAAGUAUAUUCUGUUGGCACUAGUGGAUGUCGAAGCUAAUUACACAAUUGUAAAGGCUUACCAGUAUACAACCCUAACGAGUGUUCAGCUACUGGACUGCUUUGGGAUCCCUGUGUUGAUGGCUCUAUCAUGGUUCAUUCUGCGCGCAAGAUACAGACUCAUCCAUUUCAUAGCUGUUGCUGUCUGUCUGUUGGGUGUGGGAGCUAUGGUUGGUGCAGACAUAUUAGCUGGGAGGCAGAACAGUGAAGGAAGUGACGUGGUGGUUGGCGAUGUCUUAGUUCUGCUGGGUGCUUCUUUGUAUGCCAUUUCUAAUGUGAGUGAGGAGUACAUUGUGAAAAAUCUGAGCAGAGUGGAGUUUCUAGGAAUGGUGGGCUUGUUUGGGACUAUUAUCAGCGGUCUACAGCUAGCCAUUGUGGAACACACGGACAUAGUUCACAUUCAGUGGAACUGGAAAAUUGUGUUACUAUUUGUGGCUUUUGCCUUCUGUAUGUUUGGGCUGUAUAGUUUCAUGCCAGUAGUGAUUAAAGUUACUAGCGCUACUUCUGUCAACUUGGGCAUUCUGACAGCUGAUCUCUACAGUCUUUUCUUUGGACUGUUCCUGUUUGGCUAUAAGUUUUCAGGUCUCUACCUCCUGUCCUUUGGUGUCAUUAUGGUGGGCUUCAUUUUGUACUGUUCUACUCCAACUCGAACAGCAGAAGAAGCCACAACCAGUUUACCACAACCAGCCAGCAUUGGAUUUGAUAACCUUGGACUAAAAAUUGAGGACAACCACCAGGAAACUCCUGCUGCUACUGUACAGUUUACUAAAGAAGAAAAUGUGCGGGUGAACACGGGUUAGAAAACUAGCAGCAUUUUAAAGGAAGCCUUUAUACUGCCAAAAUUAUCCUCAAUAUUGAUAUGGAGAACUGCUCUGUUUCCAAGAGUGAACAUCAUGCUGCAUUUGUUUUAGUACACUGGAUAAACACUUAGCUCUUAAAGCCAGAUCCCCAAUCAAUGAAGCUAUGUUAAUCUAAUCCAGCUGAAGAUCUGUCCCUUAAAGUGAAAUAGAAAAAUAUCUGGAAGCCUCUGGGAAGUGACAGAACCUCAUGUUCAGAAAGUUUGAUUAAUUUAAGAGGAAAUGCCUUACAAAGAUGAAGCUAAAGCUAGCUCUCAGGUCACUAGCUGGAGCAGAAAUCCUUUGUUGUGUGUUAAUUAUUAAGGGCCCAAUCCUGCAAGGUGCUAAGGGAUAAGGGAUCUGCUCCCAUUGAAAUAAGUGGGAUUUGAGAGCACUCGGCACUUCUCAAGAAGCCCUCAGCACCUUGCAAGAUCUAGCUCUACAUGCCAUCAUAUAUAUGUUUACAAUGUUGUAGCUGUGUUGGUCCCAGGAUAUGAGACACAUAAGGUGGGUGAGGUAUAUCUUGUAUUGGACCAGCUUCCGUUAGUGGAAAGGACAAGCUUUCAAGCUUCACAAAGCCCUUCCUCAGGUCUCAGGAAGGAAGUGCUUUGUGAAGCUUGAAAGCUUGUGCCUUCCACUAACAGAGACUUGUCCAAUAAAAGAUAUUCCUCAUCCCCCUUCUCACUCUCUCUCAUAAUACCUAUGUACAUCUACCAAGUGAUGUAGGGCCUCAUUCCUUCCCAGGAGCCACAUGCAAAAUUGGCAGUCCAAAUUUUUUUUUUUUAAAAAAAGGGGGAGAUGCCGCUAAGUGAACAUGGGUGCGGAUGCUGCUGGUGCCCCACAUCAGCUCAUUCUUUGUAACAAUGAUCUCUGGCUCUCCAAAAUGCUAAGUACUUUUGUUAGACUUGUAAUUAAUUUGUCUUAAUUUGUGCCAUUUUUUUUUUCAUUUCUAAUCUAUGAUUAAAACUGAUCUAUCGCUACAUGAAAGUGAGGUUUUGAGAUUGUUUAGACAUUCUGUGGCCAGACUUGUAGGUGUAAAUUUGCAUAGUUCCACUGUGUCAAUUUACACCAGCUGAAGAUCUGGUUCUCGCUCUGUUUUUGCUUGUUGGAAUUUCACUUUCAGUUAAAGAUUGUAUUUAUUGAUUUUUACUGACCAAACUAUUUUUUAAACUAACAGAUUUUGUCUUAAAUGGUAAAUGAUCCUCUUUAGAAGAUACUGGGUAUCAAAUUACAAUGUGAUUGUUUUUUGUAUCGGUCUGUUGUAGUUCAUUUGAGCAAAGUGGUUUAUCCAAUUUUCUUCAGAGAUCACAAAAUAAAUAUUCAGUACACAGUGA